AUGACCAAGAAGGAGGAGACGAACCACUUCCUGCUCGUGCCGAACAACACGGCCUCGCAUUGGUGGCGCGACAGCGGCAUGCGGCAGAACGUGCUGCACUGCGUCGGCUGCUGUCUCUGCGUCUUCUACAUCGGUUAUGACCAGUCCCUCCUCAGUGCUUUGCAGGCCCUGCCUCAGUGGAACGAGUACUUUGACAACCCGAAGGGCGAGUGGCUCGGCCUGAUUGCCGCGUCCCUUUUCUUCCCAGCCCUCUUCACCGUCUUCAUCUCGUCCUGGAUCUCGCAGCGCUUUGGACGCAAGCCCGCCAUCUUUGUCGGCGCCACUCUGAUUAUUGCGGGUGCGCUGCUCAACGGUUUGGCCCAGAAUACGGGACAGUUUAUCGGUGGACGAGCCCUGCUCGGUGCCGGAGGUGCUAUGACCAAGGUCUGCGCUGCCCCGCUCCUCAACGAGAUCGCGCACCCGCGUAUCCGUGAGCGCAUGGCCUCCAGCUACUACGGCUGGUACUUUGUCGGCUCAACGAUUGCGUCGUGGCUGUGUCCCGUUGUGCCCUUCAUCGUCAUGACGAUCAUCUUCUUUGCGCCCGAGUCGCCGCGUUUCCUAGUCGGCAAGGGCAAGCACAGCGAGGCCCUGCGCGUGCUGGCCAAGUACCACGCGAACGGGAAGGAGGACGAUCCCAUGGUGCAGCUCGAGUACAACGAGAUUGUCGUCGCGCUCGAGUCCGAGGGCGAGGAGAAGGACACGUCGUGGCUGGACCUGGUGCGGACUCCGGGCAACCGCAGGCGUGUCGCCAUGGUCGUGCUCAUCGCCUUCGGUACUAACUGGCUCGGAAACGCCCUCAUCGCGUACUACCUCACGCCCGUCCUCAGGUCGGUCGGCAUCACGUCUCCCGUCCAGACCACGUCUCUGAACGCGGGAAUGGCCAUGUGGAACGUGCUCGUGUGCCAGGUCGCUGCGUUCCAGGUUCCGCGCAUCUCGCGCCGCGUGUCCUUCUUCACCUCGCACGCAGGCAUGAUCUUCUGUCUCGCUUUCAUUGCCGGAUUCUCGGCCGCCUUCCAGGCCGACCCGGAGAAGAACAAGGGUCUCGGCCUCGGCACUGUGCCGUUCCUCUUCAUCUUUUACGGCUUCUACGACAUUGCGUGGCAGAUCCUCCAAUUCCACUAUCCCACUGAGAUCCUCCCCUUCCGUCUCCGUACCAAGGGUCUCGCGCUGUUUACGGCGUGCCAGGUCGGCGCCAACUCGUUCAAUCAGUUCGUCAACCCCAUUGCGCUGGAGAAUAUCAAGUGGAAGUACUACCUCGUCUACAUCGCCAUCAACAUCGCCUACAUCGUCUACUUCUACUUCUACCUCAUCGACACCCGUGGCCUGCCCCUCGAGGAAGUCACGCUGCUCUUCGACUAUCCCCGCCGCACGGCGCGUGAGCAAGCCCACGCCGAGAUGGAGAACCGCAUCCAGGCCGAGGAGGAGCGCCAGCGCGGUCUGGGUAAAGUCGACGCGGACAACUUCCCCGCAGACGACAAGGCGAGCGAGGAGCGGAUCGAGGUCGCGCAGGUUGCCAAGUGA